AUGGCACCAGAAAAUCAACCAACAAUAGGUCCUCCGGUUUUCUCAGGGGAGAAUUACCAUAUUUGGGCCAUUAAAGUGAAGGCUUAUUUGAAGGCUCUCAACUUAUGGAAUGUUGUUAAGAGAGGAGAACAUGUUGUCCAGCCAUUGAGAGAUAACCGAACUCUCAAUGAUAUCCAAAAGCACGAUGAGUUGGUGAUUAGAUCUCCAAGAGCUCUCACUUGCAUACAUUCAAGUCUUACGAAAGUGAUGUUUACAAGGAUUAUGACUUGUGAGACAACCAAAGAAGCCUGGGAUAAGAUAAAGGAGGAGUUUGAAGGCAACAACAGAGUUCAGUCUGUUAAGGUCUUAGCUUUGAAGAAGGAGUUUAUAUACUGCAAGAAAUAUGAGCACAUUGAGAAGUAUUGCAGGAAAAAGCAAACUCAAAGGGGUCAGUCUUCCCAACGAGUAAAUUUUGUGAAAGAUCACCAAGUUGAAAAAAUAGAGGAGAAGGUAUUCAUGGCUUCACACAUAUCACAUGUUGAUCGAUAUAAUUGGCAUGUCGAUAGUGCGUGCACAAGGCAUAUGGCGAUUGAUGAAAAUGUGUUUGUUAGCCUAGACAGGUCUAAUAGGACCAAAGCGAAGCUUGAAGAUGGUGCACUAGUGUCAAGGAAGGCGAUCAGUGAAAUUCCGUACGAACGAAGGUAUGAAAAUCAUAAACGAUGUUCUUUAUGUGCCAAGACUAACUCAAAACUUGUUGAGUGUUGCUCAGUUGCUUCACAAUAUUAUUCACUUACUUUUAAGAAUAAAAAAUGUGUCAUUUAUGAUCUUAAAGGUUGUGAAGUAGCUAAAACUAGCAUGAUUGGUAAUUCGUUUCCAAUUUCAUGCUAUUCUGCUGAAAGUUGCUCUUUCAAUGUUGAAAUGAGUGAUACUUAG